AUGCAGUACGGUGCGGCAGCGGAGCAGGCGUGGUAUAUGCCGGCGAUGCCAGUCGCGGUGGCCGCGGAGACGGCGGCGGAGCGGGUAGAGCGGCUGGCUUCGGAGAGUGCCGUAGUGGUGUUCAGCGUGAGCAGCUGCUGCAUGUGCCACGCCGUGAAGCGCCUCUUCUGCGGCAUGGGCGUGCACCCCACCGUGCACGAGCUGGACCUCGACCCGCGGGGCCUCGAGCUGGAGCGCGCCCUCGCCGCCCUCCUCGGCUCUGGCGGGGGAGCCGUGCCGGUUGUGCCCGUUGUCUUCAUCGGCGGCAAGCUCGUCGGCGCCAUGGACCGCGUCAUGGCCGCGCACAUCAACGGCACCCUUGUGCCCCUGCUCAAGGAGGCCGGCGCGCUCUGGCUGUGA